AUGGACGCUAAAUGGGAGGAAGAAAAAGGAGCAAAUGUGACAGAAACGAGUGAUCAUGCAAUUGCAAAGAAGUAUCCAGAAAAAAUUGAGAAUAAAGAAGGACGAAGGGAUGAUGAAGAGGGGCGAAAAGCGGUGGGAAAAACAUUGACUUAUAAUGAGGGAGUUCAUAGUGAGAGCAGGUAUUCAUCAGUCGCUGACCCGACUGAAAAAAAUGGAGGAGAUGUACCAUUUGGUGGCACAAUAGUACAAGGAGCUGCAACAGCAUAA